AUGAAUCCUUUUUACUUCCUUACCUUAACUGCUGUUUUGGCCACGACUGCGAAAGCCGGCGGACCAGUUCUCGAUUCCAAAGGUCAUUUCAUGAUCAGAGGUAGUUACUACGUCAUCCCUCGCAUCUUCGGCGCUGCAGGUGGCGGCCUGGCUCUAGUCCCCCGUGGUGACAAACAAUGUCCCCUCUAUAUCGGUCAUGAAAAUUUAGAAGUUAACAUGGGCAUUCCCGUAAGAUUCUCAAACUGGAUUUCUAGAGUUGGGUUCGUUCCCGAGUCAGAGGACCUCAGAAUCAUGAUGGAUGUUAAAGCUACGACCUGUGCCCAGUCAAACUACUGGUGGGUCGCUCCUUCCGACAAGGACAGUAAGACGUGGUUCAUAGCGGCUGGUCCUAAGCCAAAAACUGAUGAAGAUUCGUCCAAGACUUCCUUCCAGAUCAAGAAAACUGGAGAUUCUCUUAAAAGCUACAAGAUUGUGUUUUGUCAUAAGGGUAAGGACUGCAUCAAUGUCGGGAUCUUCAAGGAGAAAAAUGGCGUUCGGCGUUUGGUUUUAAGCUCCAAACCAUUCCCUGUUGUGUUCGUGAAAGCUACUUGA